CUUUCGAUCAGUUCACUUCCAGCAGCUGCAAUUGACUUUGCUUUUUGCCACUAUAUAGUAUCGUAUUCGAGAUCAAAAUGUCGACGAUUGUGAGGAAACUUAUCAGCACUGCAAAUGCUGCCAAGCCAGUGGCUCCCUACAACCAGGCUGUGGUGGCCGAUCGUACUGUUUAUGUGUCCGGAUGUCUGGGUCUGGACAAGGACACCAUGAAGCUGGUUCCUGGAGGACCCACUGAGCAAGCGGAGAAGGCGCUGGAGAAUCUGGAGGCUGUUCUGAAGGCCGCCGAUUCUGGAGUGGACAAAGUUGUCAAGAACACUGUGUUCUUGAAGGAUCUCAACGAUUUCGGGGCCGUCAAUGAGGUCUACAAACGGGUGUUCAAUAAGGAUUUCCCGGCCCGCAGCUGUUUCCAGGUGGCCAAGCUGCCAAUGGAUGCUCUGGUGGAGAUCGAGUGCAUUGCCUUGACCGGAUCCGUGGAGACAAAAACCGUGCAAUAGCAACUAAUGCCCAGUAAAUUGUGAGAAAGUAGAGCCAAGUGAAUAAAAAGAAAAGCGUAGGAAAAGUGCUGGAAAACGUA